GAAUUCUCAUGUAGAACCCGACAAAAUACGAUACCGUUUACCCAGCAAAAAUUCCCUUUAUUAACCUUAAUCAAAUCCAUUAAUUUAAAAAACGCAUAAAAUGAAAUGAAGAAAAAAUUCAGGGCACGGAAUUUAAGGCUUAGCUUCAACCAGCUGGUUUGGCUCUCUGGUAUUCCAGAUUCAACUUUGGGGUUUGUUUUUUUUUAAAUUUAUUUUUGCUUUAAUAUUUCCUUGCACCUCGACAUCGAGUGAUGAGAAAAUAAAAAAUAAGAAAGAAAAAAUAAUAGUAAAAUGAGUAUAAAAUAAAAUGAUCAGAACGUGAGAGACGCAAUUUACUGCCCCUCUUCUUCCUCUUCCUCUUCCUCCUCCGCUUUUCCUGCUUCCCUCAAUCUCAAAUGGAUCCACCACCUCUGCCACCGUCGUCGCCUCUUCCCGCCGCCGCCGCCGCCAACAUUCCGCUCAUCAAUUACCCGCCGCCGGACUCCGUCCACUCCUCCCCCAGACGCCACCAGCAGUCCACCCAGCCGCCGCCCGACGCCGUCAAUGACGGCGCCGUGCUUCCUCGGGUCCCGGGAGCGAAGCUCCGCCUGAUGUGCAGCUACGGCGGACACAUAAUCCCCCGCCCGCACGACAAGUCCCUCUGCUACGUCGGCGGCGAGACCCGCAUCGUCGCCGUCGAACGGAACUCCACGGUCGCCUCCCUCUCCGCCCGCCUCUCCCGCACCCUGCCCCUCAACGGCCGCCCGUUCACCCUCAAGUACCAGCUCCCCAACGAGGACCUCGAUUCCUUGGUCUCCGUCGCCACCGACGAGGAUCUCGAAAACUUGAUCGAGGAGUACGACCGAAUCACCGGCGCUAGUUCCGCCGCCGCUGCAGCCGCCGUCCUCGCCUCUUCCUCUUCCUCAUCCUCCUCGUCGUCUCCUCGAAUUCGAUUGUUCCUUUUCUUCAGCAAGCCCGUCACCGCCGCCUCCAUGGGUGACCUAAAAUCCGAAUCGUGGUUCUUCGACGCGCUCAACUCGGGCUCGGGCGCCGGGUCGGACUCCGUGUUGAUGCUCCUGCCCCGAAACCUCUCGGAUACCGCCACAAUGGACGGCCGCGUCGUCCCCGGGCUCGUCGACAACAUCGGCGGCGGCGGCGAUCAUUACAAUCUCAAUCAACAUCAUCAUCAUCAUCAGGACUCGCCGAUUGUUUUCGAGAAUUUCAAUGCUGCUGCUAGUAACGCUACUACAACCACAACCGGCCCGCCAUCGAGCGGUUCGUCGUGUUCGACUUCGCCAUCGGGAAUGACGAACUUGCUGCCUCCGAUCCGGGUUCGGACGCCGGUCGAUUCCGAUCUCCAGGGUUUCGGAGAAGGAGCUAGAGGCCCGGCGGCGGUGGGGGUGAUGGAUCAGGAUCAAUUCGGGUACCAUCAGCAAUUGGGUUCUGUCCAGAUCCAACUGGACAGCAUCAGUAUCAGUUCUGCUGCUGCUGCUGCUCCGUCCCCUCCCGCCGCAGCGUCGAUUGCUCCCGCCGGUGGUUCGAGCGAGCAUUUGAAUCGGGUUUCGUCGGAGGACGAUGACGAUACCCGAUCGGAUCCGGGGCGUGCGGCCGGGGCAGGAGUCGGGUUCCGUAAACCGCCUCUGCCUAUUCCCCUGCCUCAUCAGUAUACACAUCAACAGCAGCAGCAGCAGCACAAACUGGCAGCUUUCAACAACCUUCCGCCUUCUCCAGAUUCCGUUGCCAGCGACACCAGCAUUGCAUCUGCUGUUUCGGCUGCAAAGUCGUACCACCAGGAGCAGCAAUCAGCUCAUUCGGAUGAAUCACUAAUCAACCAGCAACAGCAGCAGCAGCAGCAGCAAAGCGAAAACAACAAUCAGAACAGUAUCAUGAAUCACCAAUUGUUGAAUCCAACGGCAUCCCACCAAAUGCCAAUCCAGCGGCAGAUUCAAGACCCAGCUGCUGCUGCUGCUGCUGCUUACACAUACUUGGAUCAUCAUCAACAGCAGCAGCAACUCCAUUUCGUAAAAGCGGGUCCAGGAGGACAGCUCAUCCACUCCUACUACCCGCCUCAAGUUUACUCUCCUCAUCAGCCACAACAGCAUCAUCAGCAGUAUCAAGCAGUUUAUGUUAUGCCCAUGCCGAUGCAGCAACAACAACAACCAGGAGCCACUGCCGCGGCAGUUCCUGCUUCCCCUGCUGCCUCCCAAUCACAUCAUUACCCCCCGAAAUUCGCUGUUGCUGCUGCUGGUGCCGGUGUCAAGCCGCCAGAAAUGGGUGGAGUGAUGUACACAAGUGGGUACCCUUCCAUGGUCCCGGGGAGUCAUCACCAGCUGCAUCAUUUUCAGCAGCAAUUUCAACCUCAGCAACACCAACAGCAGCAGCAGCAAUAUGUGGCAUACUCCCAGAUGCAGCAGCAGCAGCAGCCGCGACACGAGUCGAUGGCUGUUGCAGCAGCUGCAACGAGUGGUGGUAACAGUAACAACUAUGGCUACGAGUACGGUGCUGCACCGGUCACGCCUCCGCCGAAUGAGCAGCAGCAGAUGUUCUAUGCACAGCAGGGGCAAGGGAUGGGGAGUACGAUGAUGGCCGCCUCUCAGCAUCCGUACCAAACCACCGCCAUCGGCCAAGCAAUGCUGCCACCAGAGGGUUCCAAUCAGAACCCUGCGGUUCAGCAGCAGCAGCAGCAGAUUGACGAUUCAUCCAAGAGAUUGCAAUAGUUUGCUACUUUAUUAUUAAUAUUAUUAUCAUUCUGGGUGUUGUAUUGUAUCAUUAAUUUGGAAUAACUAAAGAGUUAUGUAAUCAUGUUAAAGUUGAUUAAGGUUCUUCCUGUUUUACUUCACACAUAAAAUAGAAUUUUGACUGUGUUUAAUUAACCAAGUGUACGUUGUUCAAACUAAUAUCGAUGCUCUAUAUAACAUAUUAGUGGUUGAUUGAGGGCAUAAAUUGUUAUGCUUUUCCUAAUUUGAAUAGAACAUAUUGCAAAUUUUAGUCAAUGCGUAUAAUAGCUAAUAAAAUUGUAUUUGUGUGUUAACUCAGACUCUAUCGCAUCCAGUUGAGCGCCAAAAUAUGAAUUGGAGACAUUCUUAUAAAAUUGGCUAAUUAUUAAUUGUGGGGGCACUUGGACUAUCAAAAUAAGCAUCCGAACUGUGACCAGAUGAUGGACACAUUACGAGAAUUUGCGGAUACUCCCUCCUUGUCUGCGGUGACGACAUAUAGCUUUUCAGAAAAACUUCCAUGUCUUGUAUUUGCCAACAAAAUAAUCUAACGAUGCAAUAUCUUCUUUGACUAAUUUGUGGAAUUAUUUCAAAGUGAUCUUAAGCUUAUGAAAUAUGCGAUCUUAUAACUCUAAACUAAAACAAACCCAUACAAUUGACACACGACAAGAACAAAUACUUCACUGGAGAAGGCGUACAUCUGGUUUGUGAGAGUAACGAUAGGAAGACAUUGACACAAAAUCUCAGCGGAGUUUAGAUUAAUAGGCGGAAGAUCUACAGGGGUUGUGAAGUCAAUCGGAUUGAGUACUCAAAACUGGGGGUGUAAUCACUGGAUUUUUUAAUUUUUGUUUAUAAGUAUGAAACAUUUUGUCCAAAUUUGGUACAAUAUUGCCUGCUUUGGGCCAAACACGUACAGAUUUACUUUUGGGUAUUCUCCUCAAAAGGUCUCGUACUAAUGAGUUUGGUGGACACCUGGAUUGUCCCAUAACAAUCCUCCCCUCAAGACAAGAACCACAAACUCCGUGUCCUCCCCUCAGUGAUUAUCUUGAUUCGCCAAACACUUUGUAUCGAUGGGCUUCUCAGUACAAGAAUUCUCUUAGAUGCAGAACUUUCUUUAAUAUGAUUCUCAUAUGCGGACCUCCCUUGAUCCGCCAAACAGACAUGGAUCUCUCCUGGAUCCACCAAACCGACGCAGAUAUCAAAUCCUGAGGUCACAGAAUGAGGAUGUAGCCCAAAGAAGGAUGCCAUGUUGGUGGAUACUUACACAAUGAUAAACCCUUAGGCUCAUCAUCAAAAUCGGAUCCACAAGUUGGAUUCUGGAUUGGUAAGGAUGCUGGAGCCCAGAGGUCCUGGUAUAACAAAUAAAAGGGAUAUCUCCCAUCAUCUUCACCAAGCAAACCCACAUUUUAAUGACCUGCCUCAUGGAGUUCUUUCAAGAGUUUUUUUAGACCUCUUGCCUUGUCUUGCCACAUCAGCAGUUGGAUCAAUCUUACUUCCCAAACAAGUCAUUCUAACACUCCAUGACACAUCACUAGCUUUCAAACGAGCAAGUACCUCAACCAACUCAACAACUGACCCAUUUUCAUCUUUACCUUCCUCUUUUCCCUCCUCACUCCCCACAUACCCAUCUUGAUCUUCUUUAGUGGACUAGAAUACCAUGGGUAGUAUAUAUUUUGUAACCGCCACUAGCAUUAAACUCCCAAACUAAAUGCUUAAAGUGGGGCAUUGAUCAUCCCCAUCAUUUGUCUUUCUUACAUGUUGUGGUGGCAGCUUGACAACAACAACUCAAUUUUGAAGAAGUCUAAAUUAAUCAUGUUGACACCA